ACUCGGAACAACGUUGAGAGAUCUGUUCAUCAAAGAAUGUCAAACCCAACAUCUUUGUGUUUUUUCUAUGAACUCUCAAACUCUUCUUUCAUGGAAGUAAAUGAAGACAAGACCCCAUAUAUGCAAAAUAAUCUUCAAGGAGAAGAAACUUCAUUAGGAAAGAGAAAGAUAUCUUCAGUUGUGGAGACAGAAGAUGAAAGGGAAGUGAAGAGAAUAGCCUUCUCCUCUCAAGAACCUCUAGAAGAAGAAGAAGAAGACAUUGAUAUGAUCGAGGAAGAUCCAGAAAGAGAGGAUCAUAUAGAUAAUAACGAGAUAACCAUGGAAGACAAUGUUCUUGAAGAAGAGUAUGUUGUUGACUUUUAUGGUUUCUUUUGAAACAUUGUCGUUGACUUUAAUGUUUUUUUUUCUUCUUUUCGAAACCUAUCUUCUCUUGGCAUCUGCGUUGACUUUUUCUUAUAAUCUUUGCUUUAUUG